AUGAAGAUCCAGUCUCCGUCAUUACUCCUUCUCCUCCUUCCCGCGCUCUCAACGGCCGCAACCAACACCAGAUCGAUCAGUGAGCCAUCUGCUCACCCUUCGCGUGGAGCAUCCACCCUCGAUGCCCGAUACAUUGAUGCGGACUCAGUUGCAUCCACCAAUGCUAUCCAUGGGUCGCCGGACGUCCCAGUGGACGGCAAGGAUGGUCGACCUCACGCCGGUCCGUGGGUAGAAACCAGCGCCGAGAGAGACCGCAAGAGUAGCAAGGGGAGCGAUGAUGUAGACCUAGUCUCAACGAAAUACGAUUCCAAGAUCCCGUCUUCCGACCAUCUCAGCACCGAAGACGGCAAAAUGAUCCCGCAUUCCAAUGGUGGCGUGAUGGAUGACCCGCACCGCGCAGGUCCUCAAGAAGGUACACGUGGUACGGAGGGAGGAGUGACGGAGAAGGGCAAGGACAAUCUUUACAAUGCUGCCAAGAUCCCCGACAGCCCCAAGGAAGCGCUGCCGUUGCCACCGAGCGAGAAGCAGAAGCUGCCCUCGGACAGCGAAGAUGCUACAAGCGGUAGCCGGGCCGCAGAAGGCGCAGGAACGCUUGGCAUGCUGGAGAAACCCGCCGACCUGCCCGAGAAGCCGCACGACAUCCCUCACCCCAAAUCCCCCUCCCAGGCCAAGGACGACCCCCUGUCUAUUCAACAUGGGUCCGGCGGCUCAAGCUCACACCCCAGUUCAUCGUCCGCAAAGGCACCAGGCACCCCCGAGGAGAGCGAUGGGCUCCACUCUCUGAUGUUCUCGUUCACCAUGAUUCUUGUGUCUGAGAUCGGUGACAAAACCUUCCUCGUCGCAGCCCUGAUGGCAAUGCGCCACCCCCGUCUGGUAGUCUUCUCGUCAGCAUUCUGCGCCUUGGCCACCAUGACCGUUCUCUCUGCUGUCCUUGGCCAUGCCGUUCCUACCUUGAUCCCCAAGACCCUCACCAAGUUUAUGGCAGCGAUCCUAUUCCUGAUCUUCGGUGCGAAGAUGUUCAAGGAAGGCCGGGAGAUGGACCCAGAUGAGGGCGUCGGCGAGGAGAUGCGGGAAGUCGAAAUGGAACUUGAAGAGAAGGAGCAGGAACAGAUGCGCAUGGGCCGCCGUCGCUCAUCGGUCACUCCCCACUCCCUGGAAGCUGGUCGUGUCCCCAAGUCGCGUGGCUCCCGCAACCGCCUGCCCUCACCCCCGGAGAGCAUCUCCUCGUCUUCUUCUCGCGGCUCAUCUCCUCGCCCUCAGCGUCGCUGGAACGACUUACUGGUCGGAAUGAGCAAUCUUUUCUCUCUUCUCCUCAGCCCAGCGUGGGUGCAGACAUUCGUCAUGACUUUCCUCGGAGAGUGGGGUGACCGUAGCCAGAUCGCCACCAUCGCGAUGGCAGCUGGCCAGGAUUACUGGUGGGUGACAAUUGGAGCAACAGCCGGCCACGGUAUUUGCACUGCUGCCGCCGUCAUUGGUGGACGUGCGAUUGCUGGUAAGGUUAGCAUACGUGUUGUGACUUUGGGUGGUGCUGCGGCCUUCCUCCUCUUUGGCAUUAUUUAUCUCAUAGAGGCGCUAUACUAA